AUGAAUCCAUACGGAAGAACAAGCAGCACAGCCACCCCGCAGCUGUCUUGCACCAGCUGCGGGGGCUGCUGCUCACCGCCUCCCCCUUGCCUCGUCCGGCCUGGGCCCCCGUCCUCUUCGACCACUACCUCCUCCUCUUCCAUGCCCCCGAGCAUGACCCCUCGACCAUCAAUGUCCCCUGUUCCGUUCGUGCAGGUGGAGAACGGAACCAGCUGGAACUCCUCUACCGUCUCGUCCUCGGACUCUCCAGAUUCCCAUCCUGGUCGCCGAUGCGGGGUUAAAAACCCCAACCCUUACUGGACGGCAGUGUUUGAUUAUGAGGCCAUGGCAGACGAGGAAUUAACCCUGCGACGCGGUGACCUGCUCGAGGUCCUCUCCAAAGACUCCAAAGUGUCUGGGGACGAGGGUUGGUGGACAGGAAAGAUCCAGGACAAGGUGGGUAUCUUUCCGAGUAACUACGUCACCAGAGGAGACGCUGCCAGUUACCAGCAGCUGAAGGUCGGGAGCCUGGUGGCGGUUCGGGUGAGUGAUUCCCCCUUGGAGAUUGACUUCUCAGAACUGACCCUGGAGGAGGUGAUAGGAGCCGGCGGCUUCGGGAAGGUGUACAAAGGAGUUUGGCGGAGAGAGGAGGUGGCUGUGAAGGCUGCCAGGCAGGAUCCAGAUGAGGAUAUUAGUGUCACAGCGGAGAGUGUGCGGCAGGAGGCCAGGUUGUUUUGGAUGCUUUGUCACCCCAACAUUAUUGCUCUCCGCGGGGUUUGCCUGAAGGAACCCAACCUCUGCUUGGUGAUGGAGUACGCCAGAGGAGGGGCUUUGAACCGUGCACUGGCUGGGAAGAAUGUUCCCCCGAGGGUUCUGGUGAACUGGGCCGUGCAGAUUGCCACGGGCAUGGAUUACCUGCACAACCAGGCGUUUGUACCAAUCAUCCACAGAGACCUCAAGUCUAGCAAUAUCCUCAUCCUGCAGCCGGUGGAGUGGGACGACCUGAGCGGCAAAACCCUGAAGAUCACAGACUUUGGUCUGGCCAGAGAGUGGCACCAGACCACCAAGAUGAGUGCAGCGGGGACUUACGCCUGGAUGGCGCCGGAGGUCAUCAAGCAUUCUCUGUUCUCCAAGAGCAGCGACGUGUGGAGUUUCGGCGUGCUGCUGUGGGAGCUGCUGACCGGAGAAGUUCCUUACCGGGAGAUAGACGCCCUGGCGGUAGCUUACGGCGUUGCCAUGAACAAGCUGACACUCCCCAUCCCUUCAACCUGCCCUGAACCUUUUGUUCUGCUGCUGAGAGAGUGCUGGAGCUCCAACCCCCGCGGCAGGCCAUCCUUCACCAGCAUCCUGCGGCGCCUGCAGGCCAUCGAGCAGUCCUCCAUGUUCCAGAUGCCUCUGGAGUCCUUCCACUCGCUGCAGGAGGACUGGAGGCUGGAGAUCCAGCAGAUGUUUGACGAGCUCCGGGCCAAGGAGAAGGAGCUGAGGUCGUGGGAGGAGGCGUUGGCCCGGGCGGCCGAGGAGCAGAAGGAGCAGGAGGAGCAGCUGAAGAGGAGGGAGCAGGAGCUGGCGGAGAGGGAGUUCGACAUCGUGGAGCGGGAGCUGAACAUCAUCAUCCACCAGAUGUACCAGGAGAAGCCCAGCGUCAAGAAGAGGAAGGGCCACUUCAAGAAGAGCCGGCUGAAGCCGGGCAGGGACAGCAACUGCAUCAGUCUGCCCUCUGGUUUUGAGCACAAGAUCACAGUGCAGGCGUCCCCCAGCGUGGACAAGAGGAAGAACCAGGGCAGCGAGAGCACCACGCCCCCCGCCAGUCCGGGUGUCUUACCCCGCCUGCGAGCCAUCAGACUGACCCCGAGCGACGGCAGUAAAACGUGGGGCCGCACCGCCGUGUGUCCGAAGGUAGACCUGACGGCCAAUAAGAAGAAAGGACGCACCUGGGGGCCGAGCUCCACCCAGCAGAGGGAGCGGGUCGGAGGAGAGGACAAGCUGAAAUCCCUCAGUGAAGGUAAAGUUUAUUCAUCCAGUGCGCCAAACCUGGGGAAGUCCCCCAAACACGCUCCCAUGAUGCCUGGCUUCUCCAGCCUCAAUGAGAUGGAGGAGUGCUCCGAGUUCGAGGAAUCGCCGGGGUCCUUGCUGCCCUCGGAGACCAGCAGCAACGGGGCCCUGGACGACUCUGGGCCGCUCUGGGGCAGCUUGGGGCCCAACACGGCGCCUCCGGUCGGCGGCGCGGGCCUCUGCCCAGCGUCCGGAGGCCUGUGGAUGGGCGUCAGCAACCAGGACUUGGCUCGGCGCUGCAACCAGAGGAAGAAGAGCGACAUGCUGCUGCUGGGCUGCGCCUCUCUGCUGGCCUCUGUUGGCCUGGGGCAGGACCUGCUGCAGCUGGGCAAACAGCAGAUGCUUCAGGACGAGCAGGACCGAGAGGAGCAGCGGAAGAAGAAGGAGGGUCUCUUCCAGCGGACGGGUCGUUUCCGCCGCAGCACCUCCCCGCCCAGCAGAAACCUCUCGCUGACGCUCUCCAGACACCACGACUCCGGGCUCGCCUGCAUGGACCCGUCCCCCUCCGUCACACUCCUGUCUCUGUCCUCCCUGUCUGACUGCAACUCCACCAAGUCCCUCCUUCCCUCGGACUCGGACGACUACCCUCUGACCCCGUCGGCGGGCGUCAAGACGCCCUCGGUGGCGGCGCCGCUGUCUCCGGCUCCCGCCCUCAACCCGCUCCUGGACCUGCGGGCGGAGAGCUUCAAGAAGGAGCCCAACCAGUCGCUCACGCCCACCCACGUGUCGGCAGCGAUGGCUCUGAACAGAGGACACAGACGGACGCCGUCGGACAGCGCCAUCCGGCCCCGGGCGCAGACUCUGGGACACCGCAGGACUCCGUCUGACGGCAGCAUGCCGAUGCCUCCUCAUCCCGUCACCACGACAUCUAAAGGAACGCCAGACAGGCUGGACAUCCCUCGCCUCCCGGACCCGUCCAUGGUCCACCCCCACGUCCCCCACCGGCGUAAAGCCCCGGCCCCCCCGGCUCCCAGCCCGAAUCCCCCCUUUCUCAUCAGCCCCCUGGAGAGACCCAAGACCCUGGAGUUCGCCCCGCGCCCGCGGCCCACCCCGGCCCGGAUCAGGGCCGACCACAGGAAGCUGGGCUCCGUGUGCCGGACCCUGAGCUCGUCGCCGGGCAGCAGCUGCGACAGUCCCCUGGGCUCCGGGGACAGCAGCGCCGGCGCCACGCGGCCCAAUCUGAUGGACAUGGACAUGGAGGGCCAGAGUCUGGACCCGACCGUACCGCUCUGCGGACAGCUGCAGCCAGCCGCUCUGUGCGAACAGCAGUACUUGUAGUGACGCGUUUGAAAGUUUCUGGGGUUCGGAAGUACAUCCCACUUCUGAAGAUGUUGCACCACUUGGCGAAAGUCGCUCGUCUCCUGAAAAGGCGUGAACCCCUUCCGGCAUCCCUCGGCCUCUGCUCUGAAUGACGCCGAGGGCCCAGAGGCCUCUGAGAGCCCGGUACUGACCUCGUCCAGCCAAACGUCUUUCCAAAGCGUCUAAAAGAGCCACUUUUUAAAGGUACCGACGGUCAUCUCAGUCCGUCUCCUACUGCUGUUUCCUGUCUGUGUAUCUCUACGCAUUUCCGCUUCCUGUCCGCCGCGUGAACAAGACCAGAAAAACAUCGCCUCGUGUUCGUCGUCGUAGUUCGGAGCAUGUUUGUUCUUCCUCUGCACGGUGGUCUUCAUCCUCAUCUCUCUAAACCUGAAAGGGAAAAACAAAAAAAAUCCGUUCCCCCUCAACCUCGGUGGUCUGGUUACAUGUGCAUUAAAAACAUCUAUUUCCGCCACUUUUUUGCAAUCUGGUGGUUGUUUUUCAUUGGUUUAAACAUCGCUGUCUGCUUCUUCUGCCUCAAAGUUCAGAUAUGAUCCAGAGCUGGCCAUGUUUACUGGAACCCCUGGUAAAGAUGAUAAAGAUCAAGUUGAUGUAACAGUAAAUUCAUCUUUUUCUGCAGCGGCGUAGCCAUGUAAAGAAAUAAUUGCACCUUAGAAAACCAAAACUAUUAGUAUCUCAACCAAUACCUUUAAUAUAAAAGAAAA